AUGCAAUCAGAACGUUUCCCAGAACCAACAUUUCAAGACCCUGAAUUGGUUAGAAAGGGAGCCUAUAUUAACGGUGAAUGGAUUGAAUCUGCACCAGAAUUUUUCGAGGUAACUAAUCCUGCAAGUGGUGAUGUAAUUGCAAAGUUACCAGAGCAACCAGUCUCUGAGGUUGAAAGGGCAAUUGACGUAGCUUUCGAUGCAUUUAAGACCUACAAGAAUACAUCUCCAAGGGAUAGGGCUAAAUGGUUAAGAAACAUGUACAACUUAAUGAUUGAAAAUGUUGAAGAUUUAGCAAAGAUCAUCGCUUGGGAAAAUGGUAAAGCUAUGUGUGAUGCGAUUGGUGAAAUUAAAUAUGCAGCAUCUUAUUUUGAAUGGUAUGCUGAAGAGGCACCAAGAUUGUAUGGUGCUACUAUUCAACCAAGUAACCCAACUAACAGGGUCAUGACUUUAAGACAACCAGUUGGUGUCUGUGGUAUUAUAUGUCCUUGGAAUUUCCCUAGCGCUAUGAUUACUAGAAAAGCUGCUGCUGCUCUGGCUGCAGGUUGUACGGUAGUAAUUAAGCCGGAUUCUGCUACUCCACUUUCAGCAUUAGCUUUAGGUUAUCUAGCAGAAAAGGCUGGUAUUCCUAAUGGUGUUUUAAAUAUUGUCCUAAGUCACACUAGGACUCCUGAAUUUGGAUUGAGACUAUGUGAAUCACCAAAAGUGAAAAAAAUUACUUUUACUGGGUCCACUAAUGUAGGUAAAAUCUUGAUGAAGCAAUCUGCAUCUACUUUAAAGAAGCUAUCGUUAGAAUUGGGAGGUAAUGCUCCUUUGAUUAUUUUUGAUGACGCUGAUUUAGAUCAAGCUGUUGAACAAGCAAUUGCCUCUAAGUUUAGAGGUUUGGGUCAAACAUGUGUCUGCUGUAACAGAUUAUAUGUUCAUUCUUCCAUUAUCGAUGAGUUUGCUGACCGCUUGGCAGCAGAGGUAAGAAAGUUUUCAAUUGGUUAUGGUUUGGAUCCGAAGAAUACCCAUGGUUGUUUAAUUAAUGAGAAAGCUGUUGCUAAAGUUGAACACCACAAGAAGGAUGCGAUUGAAAAAGGUGCAAAAAUUGUUGUAGAAGGAGGGUUGCUACCAGAUUUGGGUUCAAACUUUUAUGCUCCAGUUGUUUUAUCCCAUGUUCCACAUGAUGCUUUGGUUGCAAAAGAAGAAACAUUUGGUCCACUAUGUCCUAUUUUUGCUUUUGAUACCUUAGAAGAAGUUGUUGAGCUUGCUAAUGACAGUGAAUUUGGUCUUGCAUCAUAUGUCUUCUCUAAGAAUAUCGAUACUGUCUACACAGUUGCUGAGGCUCUAGAGUCAGGUAUAGUAUCAGCCAACACAGGGUUAUUUUCUGACUGUUCUAUUCCAUUUGGAGGUGUUAAAGAAUCUGGUUUUGGUAGAGAGGGUUCUUUAUAUGGUAUUGAAGACUACACUGUGAUUAAGACAAUCAAUAUCGGGUGUUUACCUCCGAGAAUUUAA